CUUUUCUUUCUACUUUGUUAUAAAGAUAUAAAAACGAUAAACAUGUCUAGCAUGAACAUAGAUUCUGAACAAACUAUUGACGAGGGCUUGUACUCUCGUCAACUUUACGUAUUAGGCCACGAUGCCAUGAAAAAGAUGAGUAACGCUCAUGUUCUAGUUAUUGGUUUAAAGGGUCUUGGUGUUGAAAUUGCCAAAAAUGUUGUAUUGGCUGGUGUCAAGAGUGUUACCCUUUGGGAUCCUACACCUGCUAAGAUUUCUGAUUUAUCCGCACAGUUUUACUUGACAGAGAACGAUAUUGGACAAUCUCGUGCCAAGGUCACCCAACCCAAACUUGCAGAAUUAAAUCAAUAUGUUCCUGUAAAUCUUUUGGAAGGCGAAUUGACCGAGGAAGUGUUGAAAAAGUACAAGGUUGUCGUUAUCACUGAAAUGGCUUUAUCCAAGCAAUUAGCUCUUUCCGAAAUUUGUCAUGCCAACAAUAUCCACUUUAUCUCUACUGAGGUGCGCGGUCUAUUUGGUCGUAUCUUUAAUGAUUUCGGAUCCAAGUUUGAGAUUAUUGAUACCACUGGCGAGGAGCCUUUACACGGUAUGAUUGCCAAUGUUUCCAAGGAAGCAGAAGGUAUUGUUACUUGUUUAGAUGAAGUUCGUCACGGUUUAGAGGAUGGCGAUUAUGUGACAUUCAAGGAAAUCCAAGGCAUGACUGAAUUAAAUGAUAUCGAGCCCCGCAAAAUCAAAGUGUUCGGACCUUAUAGUUUCAGUAUUGGUGACACUUCCAACUUUGGUGAGUACACCAACGGUGGUCUUUUCACUCAAGUCAAGAUGCCCAAGUAUGUUGAUUUCAAGUCCUUGAAUGAAUCCUUGACCCAUCCCGAAUUCUUGGUCUCUGAUUUCGCUAAAUUUGACCGUCCCAUGCAAUUGCAUCUUGCUUUCCAAGCUUUAUCCAACUUUGUCGAAAAGCAUGAUCGUUACCCUAAGCCUAGAAACGAAGCUGAUGCUUUAGAGGUGCUUGAGCAAACCAAGGCUUUGGUUGCUUCUGUAGAUGAUAAGCCUGAAUUGGAUGAAAAAUUGAUCAAGGAAGUAGCUUAUCAAUCUUCUGGUGAGUUAGCUCCCAUGGUGGCUGUCUUCGGUGGUUUAGCCGCCCAAGAAGUCUUGAAGGCUGUCAGUGGUAAGUUCUGUCCUAUUCAACAAUACAUGUAUUUCGAUGCCCUUGAGGCUCUCCCCCAAAGUGUCCCCUUGACGGAAGAAUUAUGUGCUCCUACUGGAUCUCGUUAUGAUGGUCAAGUUGCUGUCUUUGGUAAAGCUUUCCAAGAAAAGAUUGCCAACACCAACGAGUUCCUUGUCGGUGCUGGUGCUAUUGGUUGUGAAAUGCUCAAGAAUUGGGCCAUGAUGGGUUUGGGUACAGGCCCCAAGGGUCAUUUAACCAUUACUGAUAUGGAUACUAUCGAAAAGAGUAACUUGAACAGACAAUUUUUGUUCAGACCCACUGACGUUGGUAAAUUGAAAUCUGAGUGUGCUUCUACUGCUGUGACCAAGAUGAACCCUGAUUUAGCAAAUCAUAUCACCAUUCAUCAAGAUCGUGUUGGCCCUGAGACCGAAAAUGUCUACGACGAUGAUUUCUUUGAGUCAUUGGACGGUGUUACCAACGCUCUUGAUAAUGUGGAAGCACGUAAAUACAUGGAUAGAAGAUGUGUUUAUUAUCGUAAACCACUUUUGGAGUCAGGUACACUUGGUACUAAGGGUAACACACAAGUGAUCCUUCCCUUCUUGACCGAAUCCUACUCUUCUUCUCAAGAUCCUCCCGAGAAGUCUAUUCCUAUUUGUACUCUCAAGAAUUUCCCUAAUGCCAUUGAACAUACAAUCCAAUGGGCCCGUGAUUUAUUCGAAGGUUACUUUAAGCAACCUGCUGAUAAUGUCAAUUUGUACUUGACUCAACCCAAUUUUAUUGAGGCUACCUUGAAGCAAGGUGGUACUGCUAAGGAUACGAUUGAAACCGUCUCCAACUAUUUGACAACAGAUAAGCCAAGUGAUUUUGCAGAUUGUGUUGCUUGGGCUCGUCUCAAGUUUGAAGAUUUAUUCAGUAACACGAUUCGUCAAUUACUAUUCAAUUUCCCUCCUGAUGCUGUUACUUCUACCGGCCAACUCUUCUGGUCCGGACCUAAGCGUGCUCCUACUCCUCUUACAUUUGAUGUCAAUAACCGUGCUCAUCUUGAUUUUAUUAUUGAUGCUGCUAAUUUGCAUGCUUAUAAUUAUGGCAUCCGUGGUGAAGAAGAUGACGCUUACUUCCGUGAGCAACUUCAAAACAUUAUUGUGCCUGAAUUUAAGCCCAAGGAAGGUGUCAAGAUUCAAGUACAAGAAAACGAGACUGUUGAUAAUGAUUCAGGAGCAGAUUCAUUGGACGAGGUGAUUGCUAAAUUACCUGAGCCUGCCAGCUUGGGUAACUUCCGUUUGUUACCUGCUGAGUUUGAAAAGGAUGAUGACUCUAACCAUCACAUUGAUUUCAUUACGGCUGCCUCCAACUUGCGUGCCAUGAAUUAUGGUAUUGCUCCUGCUGAUCGCUACAAGACUAAGUUCAUUGCUGGUAAGAUUAUUCCUGCUAUUGCUACUACAACCUCCAUGGUGACUGGACUUGUCUGUCUCGAGCUUUACAAGAUUAUUGAUGGAAAGAAGGAUUUGGAGCAAUACAAGAACGGAUUUGUUAACUUGGCAUUACCUUUCUUUGGUUUCUCUGAACCUAUUGCAAUGCCCACACUUGAAUAUAAUGGUAUCAAGUUUAGUUUAUGGGAUAGAUUUGACAUUAAUGAGGAUAUUACCUUGCAAGAGUUCAUUGAUUACUUCCAAAAUGAACACAAGUUGGAAGUGACCAUGAUCUCCUCUGGUGUGUCUAUGCUCUAUUCCUUCUUUAUGAACAAGAAGAAGGCUGCCGAAAGAUUAAAUAUGAAGUUAUCCAAGGUCGUUGAAACUGUUUCAAAGAAGCCUAUUCCUUCCUAUGUCAAGUCUUUGAUCUUUGAAAUCUGUGUGAAUGACGCUGAUGACGAGGAUGUUGAUGUUCCUUACGUUAGAGUCAAGAUCAGACAAUAAAUUAUCUCUCCGCUAUUUUUGGAACUUAUAAAAUAAACCUUUUUUUUUAUUUUUAUUGUUACAUGUAAA